UGUUGACUUUUGACUUUUGACAGUUGACAUUUUACUUCAUCGCACGUGUGUUAUUUCUGUUUUUGGUGAUUGGGUUUGCUUAUUUUCUUGCAUAGCAAUUUUAAUUAAAAUAAUUGUGAUUGUUUUAAAAUGGCGCCGCCAGCAGCAUCAGGCAUCAGCAUCUCAACACAAGCCCAAAAUAAAAAGAUUGUAUUCGAUGACGAUGGCCAGAUUUUGGAAGAGGCCGCUGUCAAGGACUUGAAAGGAGCGAAGAAGGAGGGCAAGAAGAAAAAGUUAAAAGGAGACAAAAGGAAAGGAUCUCAUGGACUGCAGGAAGAGCACAAUAAGCAGGAGGACACUGAGAAUGAUGAGAAUGACUACUUUGCCAAACGCGAAAAGAAGCGACAACAGCAGAAAGAUGAAAAGGAUGAUGCUGAUACAAAUAAAAAAUGGUUUAAUGUUUACCCUGAGUAUCCUUCAUCGGAAGAAGUACUGGACAUGAAAGAGUCUGAGCAAAUGGAAUUAUACAAUUUAUGCAAAAAUGCAUUCGAAGCCGAACUGACGGCUUUUUCCAAGCGUGAUGCCUCAGAUGCCCGUUGGUNUCAUCUUAGUGAAGUUGCCCAUCGUCAUCCAAAUAUGUGCGGUGUUAUUGUCGCAGAAUCCGAGAAGCUACUUUUCCGUAACAACAUCUCUGAAAGGGCUCAACACUUUGCACUUUGCUUCCUAGCAAGUAUCGCAACUUCAGGUCGGCCAGAAGUUUGCACUAAGUUAGUAAAUAUUUGUUUUGCGCUGUUUAAGGUGCUUGUAGAAAAAGGUGCUGUCAACAAUCGGACAAUGCAAGCCAUUUUACGUUGUUUACAAAAGGCGAUUUUAGAGGCAAAACCAGCAGAAGGCUCAAGUGAAAUUCUUAGCAAGGAUAUGCAAGACACAAUCUAUCGGAUGGUACAUUUAGCUGAUAUCCGCGUUUCUGUGCAGACACUUGGUUUGCUUUUGCAGCUAAUGACUGUGAAAACGGAGAAAUCCGAUCGUUUCUACAAUGCACUCUAUAAGAAAAUGCAUGACCUUGAAGUCAUAAACGUGGGUGUUAAAACAGCUGCGCAACUACUUCAUAUCAUCCAUCGGGCAAUACAUAUAGAUGGAAAUGUACAGCGUGCGCAAGCAUUUAUUAAGCGAUUGCUGCAAUGUGCACUUUACAUGCCGCCAAAUAUGGCUGCCGGUUGCCUUAUAGUGAUAAACAAAUUAUUACGUAGCCGCAAAGAGCUGGCAGGUGGUGUAAGUCCGUACGAAACUAAAGAUAAUUCCACCAAUGUUGCACCAACUGCACCUAAAGUGAAAUCCGACGAUGCGGAGCUGUCCAAAUUUGAUAGCGAUGGCGAAGAAAAGUAUGAGGAUAUACGCGAUGAAGAAGAAACUGCAAAUGAAGAGAAUUUGGAAGAACGUAAUGAUUUGGAAGAAUCUAAAAUAAACCCGUCAACGAUUUCCUCAUGGCAUCAUGCAAAAUUGGAAUCAUCUGUAGCCGAUGCAAAAGUACGAGAUAUUGCACCAAACAAAUAUGACCCUUAUCACAGAGUGCCCUCGUUCGCUGGCGCUGAAUUUGCAUUGCGACACGAGUUGUUACUGCUCCGCGAGCAUUUCCAUCCUACAGUUCAAGUUUUUGCGAAUAAUAUUUUGCAACAAAAAAGGAUCGAUUAUUACGGCGAUCCAUUGCGCGAUUUCGGUUUACCACAUUUUCUUGAACGUUUUGCUUUUAAGAAUCCAAAAAAAUUGGAUCAAAAAGAUGAGGCCCCCAUAAUCACACAUAAACGCUAUGUGUCAUUCGGAACACGUGGAAAACCGGUUAAGUCUCUAACGAAAGCAAACUGCACUGAAGACGAAAUGUACAUUUUUAAUUUCCUGGAGCAAAAACGCCAUCAGACUGUCGUUAAUAAAAUAAAGAAGAAGGAAGUUGCUGAAAAUGAGGAAGAUGAACAAUUGAAAGAAGGCGAGGUUGGAGACGAUGAAUUUGAGGAAUAUCUUGGUAGCUAUUUUGGCAAAAAAGCUAAAGCAGCAGCCGAUGCUGAGGACGGAGAAGAAGAGCUUGACUUCCUCAAAGAGCUAGGCGGAGAAUUAAAAUCUGACAGUAAAAAGAAAAAGAAAAAAGCCUCUAGAGAUGAUGACGAAGAUGAUGUGGAAGAUAUUGAUGCAGAUUGGGGUGAUGAUAAUAUAGAAGAGGGUGAUCUUGCCGGAGAUAACGACGUGUCUGACGAUGAUGACCGUUCGAUUGAUGGCGAGGAAGAUGAUGAUGCUGGUUCAAUGUCACUUGAUGAGGAGGAUGGCCCAGACGAUUUAAGCGACGAUGGUGAAGAGAGCAUGUCGGAAGAUAUGAGUGAAGAUGAGGGAGAUGAUGAUGAUGAUGAUGAUGAUGAAGACGGCUUGUCAACUACUCGAAAGAAAAAGACUCGCAAACGACCAGUUGCAUUGAAUGAAAAGAGUUUCGCAAAGAAACUUAAGCAUAGUGAUGAUAUGAGUUCACUGUUCGCCGCGGCUGAUGAUUUUGCAGAACUGCUAGAAGAAACGGGUAAAACAAAGGGACAUGGUACCUCAAAUGCCCUAUUCAAUAAGGACAAAUCAUCCGCAAAACAAAUGAAAUGGGAAGAAAAACGGCACUCCAAUUCGAAAUCGUACACAAAACGUUCGAAAAAAGUGUUUGCUGGUCAAAGAAAUACUAACAAGAAGCGAAAAUGAGUUUGUGCAGUAAUUGAUGUUAAUUUUGUAAAAAAAAAAAUAUAAUAAAACAAAUUAGUCCUAGA